AUGUCGUCAGUCAGUGAGAGGACCGUUCCAAUCCCUUUGAUCACAAGAAACCGGACGAUGAAGAAUGCGAAUCCACAACCCCACGUUCGCAAAAGAAGUCGAGGAGAGCAUGUUGCCAGAUGGAGGAGGAGGUUGGUAGGCGUGCGAGGCGUGGUAGGUAGCGUUUCACACGAAAGCAAAGAGCAUGGUCCCCGUAAGUACAUAUGA